AUGUCUCGCCCCUGGUGGAAAGAAGCCACCAUCUACCAAAUCUACCCAGCCAGCUUCCUCGACACAACCGGCUCCGGCCUCGGCGACCUCCGCGGCAUAAUCUCCAAAAUCCCAUACAUAAAGUCCCUAGGCGUCGACGCGCUCUGGCUAUCACCUAUCUUCGCAUCCCCACAGCACGACAUGGGCUAUGACGUCGCGGACUACCGCUCCAUCCACGAACCGUACGGAUCUGUCGCCGAUGUCCAGGACCUCAUCGAUACAUUGCAUAGGAAUAACAUGCGUCUCUUGCUAGAUUUAGUUGUGAACCAUACCAGUUCCGAACACGCCUGGUUCAAAGACUCGCGAAGUAGCAAGACAAGUCCCAAACGGGAGUGGUAUAUCUGGCGAGACCCGAAGUACGACAGCAGUGGAACCAGAAAACCGCCAAAUAACUGGAAGUCGUUAUUCGGUGGCUCGGCGUGGCAGUUUGACGAAGCCACAGGACAGUACUAUCUGUCGCUAUUCCUGCCCACGCAGCCGGAUUUGAAUUGGGAGAACGGGGAUAUGAGACAGGCAGCGUAUGCGGAUAUGCGGUUCUGGCUUGAUCGCGGGGUCGAUGGGUUUCGGAUUGAUAGUAUGAAUCUCAUGUCGAAGUGGCCUGGGUUGCCAGACGGAAAGGUUGUGGAUCCGAAUGCGGAGUUUCAGUCUGGGGCGGAGUUUUUUGCGUCUGGGCCUAGGAUGCAUGAAUAUCUGAAAGAGAUGAGGGAGGAGGUCUUUGACAAGUACGGCACCGGGGACAGGGAUAUCAUGACAGUUGGGGAGUUAGGGUUUGCAAAAGACGAGCAGUCCGUGGCGCCGUAUGUAGCCAACGACCGCAAGGAGCUGAACAUGGUGUUUACAGGAGACAUUGCGGAUAUGGACUUUGGACCGGGGCAUAAAUACGACCGCUCUGAUUUCCACCCGCGCAAGAUCCGCCGCAUUACGAAUCUCUGGCAGAUGGCGAUGCCCAAGUUCGAUGGCUGGAAUGCUGUCUACCUGGAUAACCACGACAGCGGGCGUUCGCUGAGCCGGUAUGCCUCUGAUGCGCCGGAGCAUCGAGCGACCGCUGCGAAGAUGCUGGCGACGUAUAUGAUGACGCUGAGUGGUACGCCGUUCCUACUUGCAGGGCAGGAGAUUGGGAUGGCGAAUCUGGGCAAGGAGUAUGGGCUUGAUGCGUACAUCGACGUGGAAGGGAGGAACAGGUAUAACGAGAUUCUGGCAGCGAGAGGCGGCGAUCACUCGACCAUGGACGACUUCAUGCGAGAGCUUCAGCUCAAAUCGCGCGAUCAUGGACGCCUGCCGAUGCAAUGGGACGAUUCGCCGCACGCGGGUUUCACGGCCGCGGAUAAGCCGUGGAUGACGGUCAAUAGGGACUAUCCGGGGUGGAAUGUUGCGGGCCAGAUUGGCGAUCCUGAUAGUGUCAUGGGGUUUUGGAAGAAGAUGAUUGCUCUGCGAAAAGAGUAUAAGGAGUUGUUUGUCUAUGGGGGUUACAGGCCGCUGGACGAGGAGUAUACGGGGGAGAUGGUGCUCGGUUACGUGCGCGAGAGUCGCGGUGAGAGGGCAGUCGUGCUACUGAACUUUUCUGAUGCUGAACAGACGGUGGAGGUAAAAGAGUACCAGCAUUAUGCCGUCUUGGUGAAUGAGCAGUGUGGCGUGGUAGAGGGUAGGGCUACUCUCAGCCCGUUCGGGGCGAUGGUGUUGUACACAGCAUAA